AUGCAGGUCGACGCUGGCCUGCUGUGGAGGCACUUCGGCAGGACCACGCACCAGGAGGCCGUGAGGCAGCUCGGGUUCCGCAUGGCCCACAGCGCGUCGCCGCUGGUGAUCACCAGCCACGAGGCGCUGCCCCAGAAGGUAAAGGAGCCGCCGCCGGCGACCGCGGACUUCCUGGCGGCCGCCCAGGCCCUCCUGGCCACCCUGGGGCCCGACAAGGCCGCCACUCUGAUGGAGGCGGCCAAGCUCUUCGCCCUGAGGUCCAUCGCCGCGGGGCAGGCCACCUCUUUGCUGUCCGCCGUAGCCCUGCGCCUCUACAUCGGCGACGCCUCCGCCGACGGCCUGCACGGCCUCUGCGCCGCCGGCUUCGAGGCUCUGCAGUCCUCGGCCCCCCUGCGCCCCGAGAUGGAGGCGUACAUGCCCUUCCUGACGCAGCUUGAGACCGCCCUGGACUCGCUGCCCUCGCAGCGGGGCACCUACUUCGUGGGGCUCAACGUGCAGACCCCGUCUGGCAAGCUGGCGGAGGCUCUCAACGGGGAGAGGGGCAUCGGGAGUUUCUACCCGGGGGGCCUCAUCGCCUGGCGCGGGUGCGCCUCGGUGACCGCGGACCCCAUGCUCGCCAAGGAGGUCGCCACCGGCGGGCCAGGCGCUGCGCUCGUCCUCAAGAUCCGGAGCGUCACCUCCAGGGACGUCUCCGCCUUCUCCGCGGCACCGGACCUGGGCGAGCGGCUGUUCCUGCCGCGGCGGCGCUUCCGCGUGGCCGGCAUAUACGCGCUGGAAGACAUGUUCCUGCGUCGCGGCCUGGCGAUGUCUGGCUCCAGGCACGUGCUCCUGGAGGCGUUCGAGACCCCGGACCUGAGCGCCCUGACGGGCAGCUCGGCGCUCUCCUGGGAGGCGGCGUGCGGUCGCCGGGCCGCCUGCGUCGUGCUGGACGAAGAGGAGCACGGGGGCGCCACGGCGCACUGA